AUGUCUUGGGGCUGCAGGUACACCUUCAUCCACUCCUCUCGCCUCCAUCUCCUUCAGUACAAGGCGCAUCUCCAGCCCCCAGACAUGUCCUGCUACAGCCCGUGCCGGCCCUGCCAGCCCUGCGGCCCCACCCCGCUGGCCAACAGCUGCAAUGAGCCCUGUGUCAGGCAGUGCCAGGACUCCCACGUGGCCAUCCAGCCCUCUCCCGUGGUGGUGACCCUGCCCGGCCCCAUCCUCAGCUCCUUCCCACAGAACACCGCCGUGGGAUCCUCCACCUCGGCUGCUGUUGGCAGCAUCCUCAGCUCUCAGGGAGUGCCCAUUAACUCUGGGGGCUUUGGCCUCUCUGGCUUGGGCAGUGGCCUCUGUGGCACGAGGUGCUUCCCUUGCUAA